AUGACCACAGGACUGGCUGCAAAACGUACUCAGCUGUCAUCAUUUGAGCAGCGAAGAGGUCCCACUGAAAGUUUCGAGUUCAUCUGGCCGGCAAGUGAUGUCUCCGUCCAACUGGACGAGGUAGUACUCAUCAGGUGGACUCAGGCGAUUGAGAGUGAUGAGAUCGGAGCACUUUGGAUCUACCUAGUGGACAAAGUUGAGGAAUCUCGCGUCAUGAUAGGCCGCAACAUCACUGGCAGCGAGUCGGUCUGGACUGUACCUUUGGACAUCGAAUUCUUUGAGGUAGGGAGGUCUUACUGGUUUGAACUCGAGGUGUUCCCCAAACACAGAGUGGCCGUGUCAGAAAAGUUCAAACUCGUCAAGAGCUCCUCUCAGUUAUGGAUGAAGUCCCUAUCAUCACCUCAAACCGCUGUACCGACCAGUGAAGAUGAUGAGGUUUCUGGAACAUCGGAAUCAGACUACUUAGAAGCGUCCAACCCCGACACACAGACUCUAAGCGCGGGUGCCACGGUGGGAAUUGCCACAGGAGCACUAUUGGGCAUCACUCUCCUCGUGCUGAUCGGUGUUCUUGUCUACCGGAGGAAGCGGUCAUACAAAGGACAUCAUAAGACGGAGGAAGGUCAGGAUGCAGCCGUCGUGAGCAUCCCAGAACAACACUCGGGUACGAAUAUACCGGAGAUGGAGGCCUUUGGGCCGAAGGCACGCACUGGGGACAACGCGGGUGCGUGCGGUCAUACACCCGCGAGUAGAGAUUUCCAUGAGAUGGAGUAA